GACAGUUACAUAUUAUUCAAAACAGUCUCCUAACGGAUAAUUAAGUCAAUUAAUUCAUUCAAUUGAGCAGCCACUUCCACACCUUACUCAACUCCUAUUUUCAAUAUACCAUCAACUCCAAUUUUCAUGCCUUUAAUCAAAAUUAUUUUAUAUAAGUUUUCAUUUUCUAGCCAUCUUCUCAAAUUAUCAUUAACAAAUUGAUCAAACAAUUAGUGGAAAAAAAAUGGGAAUUAGAGAUUUUCGUAUCAAAGUCAAGGCAUUUAGGUUGAAAUUUUUAUGCUUAGGAAAUAGAAGCAUAAGAAGAAAUCAUGGAAGUGCAAGCAAGCCUUCAUGGAUGAUGCCAAUAUCACAUGGUCAUCAUGUGGUUGAGCAUGAUGUGAUUAAAGGUGGUGAUUCUGAUGACUUUGAGUUUGAUUCAGUUGUGAUACAAAGAGAGCAAAUUGGUGAAACUGAAUUGUGGUAUUUUGGAAUCUUUGAUGCUUUGAUUGGAGAUUGUGUUACCAAAUAUUUGCAAUCUAAUUAUUUUGACAGGAAUUUCAAAGAGUCUCAAUUGAGGAGAAAAGCCAAAGAAACACUGAAGAGAGCAUACCUAGGUGCAAAAACAAAGGUCAGAGAGGCAACAGAGGAAACAUGCAUAAUAGGUUCAACAUCAGUGAUAAUAAUAAAUGGAGAAAAACUUGUGCUAGCCAACAUUGGAGAUUACAGAACUGUUUUGUGUAAAGAUGGUGUAGCUUAUCAGACAAAUGGAAGAUACAAUCAAUCAGCCAAGAGACGUUGGUAUCGCAGACUUUUUUCAGGUAAUGCAAGUGCAACAGGUACAAAGUAUUCCAAAGCUUUGGAACUUGUGGUUGGAGGUUAUUGGAUUGAUUCCAGUACUGAAUUUGUGAUCUUGGCAAGCAAUGGCAUAUGGGAGGUAAUGAAGAACCAAGAGGCAGUAAAUCUUAUCAGACACAUAGAUGAUCCACAAGAAGCAGCUGAGUGUUUGGCUAAGGAAGCAUUGGUUAGGAGGAGCAAAAGCAACAUUUCAUGUUUAAUCAUUCGAUUUGAUUGAUUCAUCGCCAUAUAUUAGUAUAUCUUAAGGCUUAGUUGAAUAGCUGAAUGCCAUAACAGGUAGCAAAUACUUUGUAUACCAAAGUUUCUUAUAGCAAUUGUAGUCAGAAAAUUUUGCUGCUAAGUCUAGUAGAUCCAUAGGAGUAUAUUGGUGGAAAUUUGAGAUUCUUAGGAUUUCUUAGAUGUAAUUUACAUUUUAUGUUUAGAAAGAUUUUUUAUACUCCCCCUCUGACA